GUAGAGUGUGAAUAUACCGUAUGAUAUAAACUGUAAAAUGUUAAGUCAUAUAUUACUAGACAAAUACGUAUAUAGUUACUAAACUGUGGUUUCAGUGGAAAUCCUGUACGUAAAUUCAAAAUACUUAGGAACACUUUUUCUACCCAAUGUGGCAUUGCGGUAGGAUGUAGGUAAUGACGGUACUCUAUAAACGGAAUGGCGUGUUGCAAGUCAUGCAAACGCCCAAAAAUCAUAUCCUAAUAAUUAUAAUAUAAAUAAGAGCUUGCAAGCGUUGGUUCGGCAUUCGGAAAAACAGACGUUGUUAUACGUACAAAAGUGAUAAGUUGGAAGUCGUAUCGCAGGAGGCGAUAGCGUUUGAAUAAGUUUCAAGUUUAAAGAUUGACGGUUGGCCGUUAUCUCAACGUUUCAAUAACAUAUUUGUGUCGCAAAGAACCAACGUUUGGAACUCCGUAUCAUAAAUCGUGCACAAACCACUGUAAAUAUCCUAUCAAGUGUUAAAUACAAUUGUCAAAAUACAGUCCCAUCGUUAGAGUGAAGUUUCGAGAGCAGUGAACCAGCACUUCGCGCAGAUUGUGCGAAACCCGUUAAAAAAACCUAAGAAGCAUGAGUUCUACUACAGUAAAGUCUAAUGUUGGAAGUUACCUUGAACUUGAUCAAAAAGGAUUAGUUCAAGUUAUGUAUGUAUGGAUCGAUGGAACUGGACAAAAUAUGAGAUGUAAAACCAAAACUAUGGACUUUGAACCGCAAGCACCAAGCGAUUGUCCGAUUUGGAACUUCGACGGUUCAAGCACUGGUCAAGCAACUGGUGCAAACAGUGAUGUUUACCUUCACCCUGUUGCUUUGUUUCAAGAUCCAUUUCGACGUGGACCUAACAAGUUAUUGUUGUGUGAAACAUAUCAUUAUGAUCAUAAACCAACUGCAACAAACCUCAGAAAGUCAUGCAAAGCUGUCAUGGAAAAAGCUAAAGAAGAGCAUCCGUGGUUUGGUAUCGAGCAAGAGUAUACACUUUUCGAUACAGAUGGACAUCCAUAUGGUUGGCCCAAGGGUGGUUAUCCUGAACCACAGGGAAAAUAUUACUGCUCUGUUGGUACAGGAAAUGUAUAUGGACGUGAUAUAGUUGAAGCUCAUUAUCGUGCUUGUCUCUAUGCUGGUAUUAAGAUUGCAGGUACCAAUGCAGAAGUAAUGCCUUCUCAGUGGGAAUUUCAAGUUGGUCCUUGCGAGGGAAUUGAGAUGGGUGAUCAUUUGUGGAUGGCUCGAUUUAUCUUGCAUCGUGUUGCUGAAGAUUUUGGAGUUGUUAUUACAUUAGAUCCUAAACCAAUAAAUGGAGAUUGGAAUGGCGCUGGAGCUCACACAAACUUCAGUACCCUCGCAAUGCGCGAAGAUGGUGGUCUCACUCAUAUUUAUGAAGCAAUUGAAAAAUUAUCAAAAGUUCAUGAUCUUCAUAUUAAAGCUUAUGAUCCAAAAGGAGGAAAAGAUAACUUACGUCGUUUAACUGGCCGUCAUGAAACAGCAGAUAUCAAUACUUUCACUCAUGGAGUUGCGCAUCGUGGAGCAAGUGUCAGAAUCCCCAGACAGUGCGCUGAGGACGGGAAAGGUUACUUGGAAGACCGCAGACCAGCAGCUAAUGCAGACCCCUACAAAGUGACUGAAGUUGUUGUACGCACCGUUUGUGAAAUUAGCCAUUAAACCCCUCUUCAAUUAACUGCAUCAAAACAAUAGUUAUAUUUUUAGUUUAGAUAAAACCUAAAGUCUUUGUCUCUUUGUUGUGUCAUGUGAAAUGUCGUCGUUUGGUUAUUCUUACGAGCAAGUUGAUUCUAAAAUUUUAGAGAUCUUGUUUGUACUCAAGGGUAUAUUUCUGUAUAAUUACAAAUAAAAGCAUGAAUUUGGGGA